AUGAGUUGGGAGACUGUCGUUGAGACCACAUUGGACAGUCAGGAUCAUGAAUUAGGUCUAACGCCAGGUCUCGCUGUAUCACAAGAAGACGCAUGGGCUGUGAUAUCGAGUUAUUUUGAAGAAAAAGGUCUUGUACGACAACAAUUGGAUUCCUUUGAUGAAUUUAUACAGAAUACAAUGCAAGAACUGGUGGAUGAUUCACGCUCGAUUCGUAUUAAUCCAGAGGCACAAUACGCACCUGGACAAGCUAAAACCAAUGCAGAUACAAUCUAUAAUAUCUCAUUUGGUCAGAUUUAUCUAUCAAAACCAACAAUGACGGAAGCCGAUGGAUCAACAAGUGUCAUGUUUCCACAUGAAGCACGAUUGCGUAAUCUCACGUACUCGGCACCACUUUAUGUGGAUGUUGUGUGUGAAAAGUAUCAAGCACCAGCUUCAGGACCAGCAAAUCUAGAAGAUAUGGAACCAUAUGAUCACGUUGAGACUCCAAAGGAAUUUAUUGGUAUGGUACCGAUCAUGUUACGAUCACAAUAUUGUGUCUUAACGCACAAGACCGACAAGGAAUUGACGGAAUUGAAUGAAUGUGUUUAUGAUCAAGGAGGGUAUUUUAUUAUCAAUGGAAGUGAAAAGGUACUGAUUGCGCAAGAACGUAUGAGCAAUAAUCACGUCUAUUGUUUUCGAAAGAAUGCAGCAUCAAAAUACAGUUGGGUAUGUGAAAUACGAUCUCACGUUGAACAUGGUGCGCGACCGACUAGUACCAUGUAUGUGCAAAUGUAUCAGAAAGGUGGGGGCAAGAGUGCGAUUACAGGUAAUCAGAUUCGAGCUGUGAUCCCCUAUAUUCGUCAGGAUAUUCCGGUCGUUAUUAUUUUUCGUGCAUUGGGGUUUGUUGCUGACCGAGAGAUUUUGGAACAUAUUUGCUACGAUUUUUCUGACGCUGAGCUUAUGGAGAGAUUCAAGUCGUCGUUAGAGGAAGCUUUUGUAAUUCAGGAGCAAGAGGUUGCGUUGGAUUUUAUUGGGCGACGUGGUAGUGCUAUUAAUGUCAGCAAGUCGGAUCGUAUUCGAUAUGCACAGGAUAUUUUACAAAAGGAAAUGCUGCCGCAUGUUGGCGUAGAAGAUCACAAUGAGACCAAGAAGGCGUAUUUUUUGGGUUACGUUGUGCACAAAUUGCUCAUGUGUUCACUUGGUCGCAUUGGUGAGGAUGAUCGUGACCAUUAUGGCAACAAACGACUGGAUCUGGCUGGACCGUUACUUGGGAGUUUGUUUCGUAUCUUGUUCAAGAAACUUACAAAGGACGUCAAGUCGUUUUUGCAGAAAUGUGUUGACAAUGGCAAGGACUUUAACUUGACAUUGGCUAUCCGCUCGCGCACGAUCACCAAUGGUCUGCGAUACUCACUGGCUACUGGUAACUGGGGCAUGCAGAAGACUGCCUCGAAGGCUGGUGUCUCGCAAGUGCUUAAUCGACUAACGUAUGCUUCGUCGCUUUCUCACUUGCGUCGGUUGAACACACCUCUUGGCCAGGGACAGGCUGUCGGUCUUGUGAAAAAUCUGGCUUUGAUGGCUUACAUUUCUGUAGGUUCACCACAAGCUCCAAUUCUAGAGUUUUUGGAAGAAUGGGCGACUGAAAACUUGGAGGAAAUCAAGCCACAAAUCAUCCCACACUCAACCAAGAUUUUUGUGAACGGUAACUGGGUGGGUGUGCACCGUGAACCAAACGAAUUGAUUCGCACUUUGCGAUCACUUCGUCGCUGCGUGGACAUUGAUGCCGAGGUGUCUGUUAUUCGUGACCUAAUGAACAAGGAGUUGCGCAUUUACACGGAUGCAGGUCGUGUGUGUCGUCCGUUGUUUAUUGUAGAGGACAAUCAACUGCUAUUGCAGAAGGAGCAGGUGGUAAAGCUACAAAAUCACAAGAUUACAAAUUACCGCUGGCAUAAUCUGUUGACGGACGGUGUAGUCGAGCUUAUUGAUACUGAGGAAGAAGAAGUAUGUAUGAUUGCCAUGGAGCCGAAAGAUGUGGGCAUGGGCUCACAGAUCCACACACAUUGUGAAAUUCAUCCGUCCAUGAUUCUGGGUAUUUGUGCCAGUAUCAUUCCGUUCCCCGAUCACAACCAGUCGCCGCGUAACACGUAUCAAUCUGCUAUGGGUAAGCAGGCUAUGGGUAUUUAUUGCUCGAAUUUUCGUGCAAGAAUGGACACCAUGGCGAACGUGCUAAAUUACCCGCAGAAGCCUUUGGUUACCACACGUGCCAUGGAGUACUUGCAUUUCCGUGAAUUGCCAUCGGGCAUCAAUGCUAUCGUUGGCAUCGCAUCGUACACGGGGUACAAUCAGGAAGAUUCUUUGAUCAUGAAUCAAAGUGCUAUUGACCGUGGUUUUUUCCGCUCGACUUUCUAUCGCUGUUACAUCGACCAAGAACGUAACAAAAGCCCACACGGUGGUCCCGGCGGUGGUGCUGGUGGCGUCAACUGUGAGGAGUUUGAGAAGCCAUCUCGCGAAAACUGCUUGGGUCUGCGUCAUGGCAGCUAUCACAAGCUGGAUAAUGAUGGACUUGUUGCUCCAGGCACGCGUGUGAGUGGUAACGACAUUAUUAUCGGCAAGACUUCUCCUUUGCCCCAAUCUGAAGAUUCCUCUUUGGAACAGCGCCACCAAAAGCGUGACGCGAGUACAGCUUUGCGCUUACACGAAAACGGUAUUAUUGAUAGUGUGAUGUUGACGACAAACGCUGACGGCUUUAAGUUUACGAAGGUACGGUUUCGCAACAUUCGUGUUCCUCAGAUUGGCGACAAGUUUGCAUCCCGUCAUGGACAGAAGGGUACGAUUGGUAUGACAUACCGCCAAGAAGACAUGCCGUUCACGGUGGAGGGUAUUACGCCAGAUAUUGUUGUGAAUCCCCACGCUAUUCCGUCGCGUAUGACAGUGGGGCAUCUUGUCGAGUGUUUACUUGGCAAAGUAUCGUCGCAGACAGGUGAUGAAGGUGAUGCUACUCCAUUCACAGAUGUGACUGUCCAAGCUAUUGCCGACACACUGCACAAUUUAGGGUACCAAAAGCACGGUAACGAAGUCAUGUAUAGCGGCCACACUGGUCGUCGUUUGACAGCACAGAUCUUUAUUGGACCGACGUUUUACCAGCGUCUCAAGCAUAUGGUGGACGACAAGAUUCACUCGCGCUCGCGUGGUCCUGUGACGAUGCUAACGCGUCAGCCUAUGGAGGGUCGUGCUCGCGAGGGAGGAUUGCGUAUGGGUGAGAUGGAGCGUGAUUGUCUGAUUUCUCACGGCUCAGCCAACUUUCUCAUGGAUCGCUUGUUUGCUAAUUCGGACGCUUACCGUGUGCACGUGUGCGAUAUCUGCGGCAUUAUUGCCAUUGCAAACCUGCGCAAAAUGACGUUCGAGUGCCGCACGUGCCGCAACAAGACACAGAUAUCGCAAGUCCACAUUCCAUAUUCGUGCAAGCUGCUGUUCCAGGAACUAAUGUCCAUGUCUAUUGCACCGCGCUUGUUCACGCUUGGCAACCCCAACGCGCCGAAGUUUCGCCAAGCAUAG